AUGGCAAACAACAGAAUAAAGCCAGCCCAACCUUCCACGAUGAAAAAGCAUUCGUCCUCCACGGAAUCUCUAAAUGAAUCCCAGUUAAACGCGGUCAUUAUGGACAUGUUGCACGUCGACAAAAACUGGAAGAGAUGCGAGAUCAUAUGUCGGGGGAAUCCCAUCACUGACGCCGGGAAAAGGUUACACAUGUUCAAAAUGUUGACUGUAGUUCUAGUUCCUGUAGUUGUGCUUACUGGAAUGACUGCCAAUACAUUUAUUGUUUCCCUUGACAAUUACAUCAGUUUGUCAAACAUUCGGAAUAUCCUCUACUUUAGCAUUGAGUUAGGAUGGCUGUUACGUAUGAUGCAGAGAGAACGUGAUAUUAGCGCCUUGUAUAUCAGUAGUAAAAGUCCUCAGACCAAAGAUUUUUUACUGGACCGUUAUCCUGAUACAGAUGUUGGGCUCCAGAAUCUGUCAUUCUGGCCUACCAGUGACAUGAUUGUCCGAAGAGAGUUUCAGACAAAGGAAAGUUUUCUGUCGUAUCUCAACCGACACCGAUAUCAGCUGGAAUCGUACAACCGUACAUCAAAAGACGAAGUAGCCUUCUAUUCCGAUAGUAUCGAGGUCUUCAUCAAAUGGUUGUACCAGGCAAUCGUGGAAGCACGAUCAGGAACAGUAUGGCCAACACUUGUUGCGUAUCAAGAAAUUGUAGUUGCGAGUGAAUACUUCGGACGAGAGCGAGGCUUAGGAGUAUCGUUUUAUGCUAUAGGUGGUUUUAUGACUCGAGAUGAGUAUCUCGACUUUGUGGAAAGUCAGGAUAUUGCAAAUAUUACGUUUGAAUCUGCAAGACGAUAUUCGGAGUUAGCCUACAGUAUAUACGAAGACACUCUGCUACGGAAUUCAAGCGUUAUCCAGCCUAUCAAUGAAAUGAGAAGUGAGAUAAGAAGUAAUCGAAGUUCUGCAGUGAAGGGUUCCUUCAAAUAUGCAAACUGGUGGUUUGAAAACAUGACGGUUUACCAAGAUACUCUUCGUGAGGUGCAAAUCAGGCUCGCGUCGGAAAUUGAUGAAAUUUUGCGAAUGGAAGCAGAGGAAGAUUUGAGGAAUGUAGUAUUCAUUUCUGUAGUAUUUGGGAUCAUCCUUAUCCUUUGCCCUCUCAUCGUGUUCGCUGUGUAUUCCCUGACGUCUGAGAUCCAGAAAUAUUCCAUAUCCAUCGCUAAUCGUACAAAGGCGCUAAACAAGGAGAAGAAGCGAACAGACACUCUGUUAUACCAGAUGUUGCCGCGCUCCGUUGCAGAACGCCUGAAACGAGACGAAGAAGUUGGUGCCGAAAAUUACCCGGAUGCUACUGUUUUAUUCAGCGACAUUGUAGGGUUCACACAAAUUGCUUCGCAGUGCUCUCCUAUGCAGGUGGUUGACAUGUUGAAUAGCCUGUAUUUGUGCUUUGACGAACGAUUGGAAAUGUUUGAUGUAUACAAAGUUGAGACCAUCGGUGACGCCUACAUGGUGGUAUCUGGUGUGCCGAAACUGAAUGGACGUCGACAUGCUGCUGAGGUAGCUACUAUGGCCUUAGAUAUUCUGGAACACAUUGAUCGUCUAGAAAUCCCUCACCUGCCUGGGACGAAAUUCAAACUGAGGAUCGGUUGUCACUCGGGUCCAGUUGUGGCUGCUGUUGUUGGUACCAAGAUGCCUCGCUACUGUUUGUUUGGAGUUACCGUCAGUAUAGCGUCCAUGAUGGAAUCGCUGGGAAAAGCAAAUAAAAUUCAUAUAAGCGAGACCAUGCAUGACCUCCUGCGCGAGUUGGGCGGUUUUCUGAUCGAACAAAGACAGGAUCUCCCGCUGAUGCUGGAAAGUGAAUUGAAGAACGUCUAUCGUGGAAAAGUGCGGACGUACUGGCUACAAGACUACGAAGGUGGUCAUCGCCAAGGCUCUUUUAAUUCUCUAUCAUCUGGUGAAUCUCGUUGA